AUGCCAAAUUGGUAUUACGAUAAAAAGGAUCUUAGGAAUACGCCUUCAGCGAGGGAUGGAAUCGACUACGAGACCGAAAGACGAUACCGGAAAGAGGGUGCACGUUUCAUCAUGGAAGCGGGAGCCUCAAUGAGCUUAGGACACAAUACCGUAGCUACAGGCGUUGUUUACUUCCAUCGGUUCUACAUGUUUCACUCGUUCCGCACGUUUCCGCGCUAUGUAACAGCGAGCUGCUGCUUGUUUCUGGCCGGCAAAGUCGAGGAAACUCCGAAGAAGUGUAAAGACAUCAUCAAAACAGCACGCGGACUGCUGGCCGACGAGAAAUUUCAGUCGUUUGGUGAUGACCCCAAAGAAGAGGUAAUGACACUGGAACGAAUUCUGCUCCAAACGAUCAAAUUCGACCUGCAGGUAGAACAUCCGUACUCGUUCCUGGUGAAAUACGCCAAAUGUUUGAAGGGUGAUUCGGCAAAGCUACAGAAGAUGGUGCAGAUGGCGUGGAACUUUGUGAACGACUCACUUUGCGCUACGGUUUCGAUUCAGUGGGAACCGGAAAUUAUUGCCGUCGCACUGAUUUAUCUGGCCAGCAAGCUAAGCAAAUUCACGGUAGUGGAUUGGGUAGGGAAGAAACCGGAGCAUUUAAAAUGGUGGGAUAUGUUUGUGCAAGAUGUGACGAUGGAAAUACUAGAAGAGAUAUGCCAUCAAGUGUUGGACCUGUACCAAUCAUCCCAGACGGAAAGUGCCCAUUCAAAAAGCCCACCGCAACUGCCACCCAGCAAAGCAUCGCCACCAAUGAAGCGUGCAAAUAUAUCGCCGAUAACAAACAAAAAUUCUCCCAACAUCGCAAUCAAGAAUCCGAUGCCGCCUUUACCAACGGAAGUGGAAGCAAAUCCCAUCCCAAAGCAUAUCACAACCGAGAACCCACACUAUCCGUAUCCUCCAUAUCCGAUGCAUCCAGUGCCACCUUUGCCUCCUCAAAGCCAUGGACCACCGCCACCAUACGGAACGAUGCCGCCAGCGAUGCCACCACAGCCACCGCAAACGUGGCAACACUAUCAACACCCGAAUGCAAACAAAUACUACCCUCCAGGGCCGCCUCCGGGAAGGAAUACCUACUACCCUCCUCAGUAG